GUUAAGGGCAGGAGGAGGACGGAAGAAAAGGCAAGGCUAGGAAACGAGGAAGCAUCCAUUUUAGAAACGCACACAUGAUCAAAGUUGUCCGUUAAAUUUUCUCCAAUGGUGUAGCCGUGAAGUUUGUUAUCUUCCAAUAAUAAGGUCAUCUCAUUCUCUAGUUCUGGUAAGACCAUGGUCCGACGCCAAUGAUUGGGUCACUUUAAUAUGGGGUUGUACGGUGAUCUCUCUAAUUGGUCAAAUACGGAUCCUCCUGUUUAGCGUGAACCAAUCCAAACUCAAGGUUGUGUUUCAUUUGCCUUCACACUGUUAAACAAAAGCUGGUAACCAGUGCAAGUGACUUGUAUAUAAUCAUUCACUUUUGUUUAUCCGAGUGUAGAUUUUUUUUUAUUAUUAAUUUAUGAAUAUGACAGAAAACGACAAGCAAAGUCUCUCUAUGGUCACCUGCACGGCACCGGUAAACAUCGCUGUCAUUAAAUACUGGGGGAAACGUGAUGAAGAUCUCAUUCUGCCAAUCAAUUCAUCCCUCAGCAUAACAUUGCAUCAGGACCAGCUCAAAACAACCACCACAAUUGCAUGCAGCAGAAAUUUCCAACAAGACCGCAUCUGGUUGAAUGGCAAAGAAGAGGAUAUCAGCAAUCCCAGGUUGCAGUCAUGUCUGCAGGAAAUUCGAAGGUUUUCUCGCAAGAGACGAAAUAGUGGUGAUUCCACUUCUGAUGUCAGCAGUGUUUCCCAUAAGGUCCAUAUUUGCUCUGUGAAUAAUUUUCCUACUGCUGCUGGCCUGGCAUCUUCUGCAUCAGGAUAUGCCUGUCUUGUGUAUACUCUGUCACAGUUGUUCGGUGUGGAGAGCGAGCAAUUGUCUGCAGUGGCCCGGCAGGGCUCUGGCAGUGCAUGCAGGAGUUUGUACGGUGGCUUUGUCCAGUGGAAAUUGGGGGAACAAUUGGAUGGGAAAGACAGUCUUGCUGAACAAGUGGAAUCUGAGUCGUUCUGGCCAGAGCUCAGAAUAUUAAUCUUAGUGGUGAGUGCUGAGCAGAAGUCUGUAGGGAGCACAUCUGGAAUGCAUACCAGUGUGGAGACAAGCCAGCUUCUGAAGUACCGGGCAGAUGUUGUGGUCCCCAGUCGUAUGGAGAAGAUGAUCAGGGUUAUUCGAGAACGAGACUUUCCAGCAUUUGGUGAGCUGACCAUGAAAGACAGUAAUCAGUUUCAUGCCAUCUGUCUGGACACAUACCCUCCCAUAUUCUACCUGAACAACAUGUCGCACCGGAUCAUCAGUCUAGUGCACCACUACAACCAAUACUAUGGAGAGACCAGGGUGGCAUACACCUUUGAUGCUGGUCCUAACGCUGUUAUUUACACCUUGCAAGACCACUUGCCAGAGUUUGUACAGGUGGUCCGUCAUUUCUUUCCCCCGGAAGUCAAUGGAGAAGAGUUUGUCAAAGGUCUUCCUGUUUGUUCAGCUGACCUUUCUGAGGAGUUAAAGAGAGACAUUAAUAUGGAGCCCACACCCAAGGGUAUACGCUAUAUAAUCAGCACUAAGGCUGGUCCUGGGCCAUGUGUGGUGAAGGAUCCAAACCAUCAUUUGUUAGGAGCUGAUGGGCUGCCCAAGAAGAGUGCUAUUUCAGAUUAACCUAAAGAUUCUUACAGAAAAGUACAAAUUGGUUUUUCAUCAAUAAAGAUACUUUGUGAAUAUGUUUCAAUAUAAAUUGUUGUGUAAAGUGUGAAUUUACUCUUAUUAAAAUAAUGAUUUAUAUGA